AUGGCUCGAGGAGCUUCCAAAUGCCUCUUCUUAUUCUUUCUCUUUAUUCUUAUUGCCUGCUCUUCAGGAACUCUGGUGGGUUUCUUCUAUGAUGCAAGAAAAAGCAAUGAAAUUUUAUCUCCUACUGAAACAAUAUCAUUCCUUAAACUCAACAAGGUCACCCCAUCUCAGAUCAAGGUACUUGUUGCAGAUCACAGGGUUUUAGAUAGUUUAUCCAACACUAGUGUGUUUGUUGAUCUCUACUUGAAUAAAACCCAAGCUGAGAAUCUGAGAAAUUACAAACCCUCUGCAAUUUCAUGGCUCAAAACCCUUUCAACAACCUACCUCCCACAUGUACACACCAAAAGUGUCGUAGUGAGUAGUAGAAGGAAUGACUUGCCAGGAGAGUUGCUUGUGCUUUUAUCAACAUUGAAAUCAAUCCAUUCAAUGCUCGGUAGUUUUCGACUUGAUACAGAAGUGAAACCGUCCGUGGCACUACCCCUGUCGUUCUUAGAAAACUUGAAUGGGAAACACGAAGGAGACCUGCAUAGAAUUUUUGAUUUCAUCAAUAAAACUAGGUCCUUCAUUACUGUUGAAGCAAGUAUAGAUGGAGAAUUGAGUAUGGGAGAUAGAUUUGUUGAAUUGGUGAUCAAAAGAGCUACCUUGGCUGCUUCUGUUUUUCCUGAUGAUGUUGUUUCAAUGGUUUUGGCAAUUAAGAGCUCUGCAGUUCCUAGUGCUGUGGAAGUAGCUGAAUUUGGUGAUAAGAUUUUGAAAUCAUUGAAGAACAGCCCUCAAAUUAAAGGGAAGAUUUCUGGGUUGUUUGUAGAAGUAUCUCCAAUUAAAGAAUUUGAGCAGAAAGAGCUCAAAAGGGAAGAAGAACAGAUAUUUCAUUCAUCGCAUAGAGAACUCCUCGACAAAUUUAACUACAGAAUAACUCAACACGACUCGAUUAAUCCACCUACCACAAUAUUUCCUACAACUCCCAUAACGAAUCCUGUGACAACGCCAGUCACUGUCCCUCCGGAUAGCUCAGCCCCAACAGUUGUUACCAUUCCAUCUACCAAUCCUGUCACAGUAACGCCAAAUCCGGCUUCCACUCCUCUGACAGUUCCCUCCACCAACCCCGUCCCUGUACCUUAUACAAGUCCAAUUGACUCACCGGUGCCAAUCACCAAUCCUGUUACAACGCCAAGCACAAAUCCAGGGGCGCAACCAGUCACCAACCCUGUGACUACUUAUCCACCAUCAGGAGGUGUUCCUGUCACGACCCCAGUCACAGUCCCAGUGACACCUCCUGUAACAGCCAAUUCUCCAGCAGUUCCAGGGCAGAGCUGGUGUGUGGUGAAGAGUGGUACAUUAGAGACUGCACUUCAGUCGGCACUUGAUUAUGCCUGUGGAAUUGGAGGAGCAGAUUGUUCGACUAUCCAGCAAAGUGGGAGCUGUUAUAAUCCGAAUACUCUGCAAAAUCAUGCAUCAUAUGCCUUCAACAGCUAUUUUCAAAAGAAUCCAACACAAUCCAGCUGCGACUUUGGGGGCACUGCCAUGAUUACCAACGUCAAUCCAAUGUACCCAAGCACCCCUGCUUCAGGCACCACAUUAGGUUUUGGUGACGGCCCUCCCAGUGUGAACGCCUCAACAUCCACAUCAUCUGGGGACACUGAUUCUGAAUAUGUAAAGACAGUUUUUCCGUGCACAUCAACGGAUCAAAAGCCUUUAGCUUUUGCCCACAGCCAGGGCUUUGGCUGA